AUGCUGGGCCCUAGCCCUGGGCCCUCGCCGGGCUCCGCCCACAGCAUGAUGGGGCCCAGCCCGGGGCCUCCCUCGGCAGGACACCCCAUCCCAACCCAGGGGCCCGGAGGAUACCCUCAGGACAACAUGCACCAGAUGCACAAGCUGGCACCCUUUUCUGAGCCAUCUCCCAUCUCCGCACCCGUGGCUGCCUCCCCCAUGGGAUGGAUUCUCCGGAGACUACCGCUGCAGGCUCGCAUCGCACACCGAAUCCAGGAACUUGAAAACCUUCCCGGGUCCCUGGCCGGGGAUUUGCGAACCAAAGCGACCAUUGAGCUCAAGGCCCUCAGGCUGCUGAACUUCCAGAGGCAGCUGCGGCAGGAGGUGGUGGUGUGCAUGCGGAGGGACACGGCCCUGGAGACAGCCCUCAAUGCCAAGGCCUACAAGCGCAGCAAGCGGCAGUCCCUGCGCGAGGCCCGCAUCACCGAGAAGCUGGAGAAGCAGCAGAAGAUUGAGCAGGAGCGCAAACGGCGGCAGAAGCACCAGGAAUACCUCAACAGCAUCCUUCAGCACGCUAAGGAUUUCAAAGAGUAUCACAGAUCCGUCACGGGAAAAAUCCAGAAACUCACGAAGGCGGUGGCCACGUACCAUGCCAACACGGAGCGGGAGCAGAAGAAGGAGAAUGAAAGAAUCGAGAAAGAGAGAAUGCGGAGGCUCAUGGCUGAGGACGAGGAGGGCUACCGCAAGCUCAUCGACCAGAAGAAGGACAAGCGCCUGGCCUACCUCCUGCAGCAGACGGACGAGUAUGUGGCCAACCUCACGGAACUGGUGCGCCAGCACAAGGCUGCCCAGGUUGCCAAGGAGAAAAAGAAGAAAAAGAAAAAGAAGAAGGCAGAAAGCGCAGAAGGCCAGACGCCUGCGAUCGGACCCGAUGGUGAGGUGAGGAGCCGGGGUGUUAUUUUGGUGGAAAU